GCCCCGAAAUGCUCUCUCUUUCCAGCUUUAGUCGACCAGACUGCCGCUUCCACCUCAUACCUCUUCUUCUCCCCUCAUCGGCCACAAAUGCCCUCAAAACGAAUCGAGCAAGUUAAGCCUCCAUCGCUGCCGCAGAGACCUCCUGCAGGGCCGGCAACAUGUCACAUGUUGCAAUCGAGACCUUUUCGGGUUAUCGUGAGCAAGUUCAGCUGUCACUCCAUCAUUUUGCCAGGCACAGACGAUGGCGACUUUAGGUCCUAUCUCAAAUCUACUGACUACGAAUAUAAGUAA